UUGCAUUCAACUUCACUCAGUUCUCAAACCUCUGUGCAUAAAAGCCUUAUCGCUUACACCAUUCAACAUUCGUUCAAAUAUUUCCAUUCAGGACCAAAAAUAUCAACACAAGCCAAGAUUUUCAUUGAAUCCACUCCAAUAACCGAGGCGCCCAGUACAGCAACUUCGGAAGCAGAAAACACUACCGAAGCCAUUACCGACGGUGUUACAGUAAAAACAGAAGACACUACUCCAGUCACUGAAGCUACUUCUGUGACGACAGAGGAGGCUACCGUAACCACGGAGGAGGCUACCGUAACCACGGAGGAGAGCAAUGCAACCGCAGAAGAGACGAAGGCAACAGCAGCAGAGACUGACGCAACUGCAGAAGAGACUAGCACGAAGGAGGCUACAGUAACCACAGAGGAGACAAGCGCAACAGCAGAGGAGACUAGGACAACAGCAGAAGAGGCUAAGACAACCGCAGAGGAGACUAAGACAACCGCAGAGGAGACUACCAUAACCACAGAGGCAACUACCGUAACCACAGAGGCAACUACAGUAACCACAGAAGCAACUACCGUAACCAAUGAAGCCACAGAUGCAGAGACAACGAUAGCUGAGACCACAGCAGAUGUCACAACAGCUGCGACGUCAGCUGAGGCAGCCAGGGCCCAUGCUGCUCCAUUAAAGGAAAUUUCUGAAGCAGAAGGAAGUGGUGUUGCAGUGGAACGAGCAGAGGUUGAAGAACAUGAUGAGUCAGCCAAUGUUACCGAGAUUGAUCCAGAAAAGUUGGAAAAAGUCAUUAGUACGAUGGAGAAAAUGAUAGACAAGUUGGAGAAAAUACAAGUCAGAGAUAAGAAGACAGAUAAGGAGAAGGAAAAAGAGAAGAAAAAAGCAGGCAAGAAGGAUAGCCUGAAAAAGGAAACUGCGAAGAAGGUGAAGACAAAGCAAAGCUUGGUGAAGAUCAAUGAAGUGAGUGAAGAAUUUGUAGUCAGUAAAGCUGACGCUUGUUUAUGGUGUCUUGCGGUGGCGACAACAUUUGCGCGGAAAUUAAUGCACAUUGUUAGUCGGCAACUUGCUUGCGUCUUGCACGCGGAAAGUGGCCGUAAACUGCACGAUUGCCAUCGUUUACGCGCAAAUGUUGCUGUCACCGCAAAGGCACGAUAUUAAGC